AUGUAUCAAGGCUUCGGUACAGUUUACACGCUUACCUCGCCUUUUAACGGAAAUUGCAAUUUCAUGCACUCACCUGACGAAGCAGGUACCAAGUACGCUGCGCUUAAUGCUGAACAAUGGGAAGAAACCAUGAACUGUGGGCGGUGCGUUGAAGUUUCGUGCACUGACCCCACAUGUGCAGACCGACCAUCGGAAGUUGUGCACAUUUUGGACCAAUGUCCUGGGUGUGGAUAUGGUGGCUUGGAUCUGUCGCCAGAAGUAUUUGAGAAGAUCACGGGUCAAACGUAUACAAUUUUGCCCAUCGAGUGGAAAUUCGUUGACUGUCCGGUAUCAUCCAAUGUAGAAUAUUGCUUGAAAACCGGAAGUACGGAGUUCUGGGUGGCGGUCCAACCAACCAAUUUAGACUCUGGUGUGACGAGCAUGAAGAUCGACAAUCAAGAAACGUCACGUGUUGACUCUGCGUUUUACUUCUUAAUUGACGGGAAAGGCAAAAGUGUGGCGAACCUCAGUGCAUUGAGCAUUUCAUUGACAAAUGUGAAUGGCGAAGUGUUAGAGGACACACUGUCAAUGAAAGCCGACUUGUGUACCGCCGGUAGCUCGCAAUUUUCACCAAGUGGUGACAUUUAUCAAACGACAACAAUCUCGGAGGAAGCGAGUCAAGAGCCAAAUUCAACAGCAUGUGCAGAUACGACGAUAUUUGGUUGCUCUGCUGUCUCCGGUAUAAGCUGUACGAAACUUAUUUUCAGCUUCCUCCUUCCACUUAAUGGCGCUCUGGGAUGCUGGUUCUAA